AUGUCGUAUCCAUCGAAAACACCUCCCAUGGCAAUCCGUAUGCCCAACAAUGCGUAUCCAGGAUACGGAUCGACACAUAGCGACCACAUGUAUGAUGGCAGCACCACUUCACAAACCUAUCACACUGCAAGGAAUGAUCAUUCAUUUACUUCUCGGUCUUUUCGUGAUACCCUGGAUUCUUGCACUCGCACAUCCAUCAUGUAUAUGGCAGAAAACCUCUCUAAAAGCUAUCAUGACGAUCGAAGCAUAUACUUGCCCGAACCACCCCUCGAUGAAGAAGUGGGCUUUGAAUCCAGCAGCAACAAGCCAAUGCAAGAGCUACGAGAUACACUCGAAAGGACAACAUCUACCCAUGCAGAUACAGUGCCCGGUUUUGUUCCUCUCUCAAGACAUGUCACAGUGGCAUCGGUGAUUUCCGAGCAAUUGAAACGACCUGAUGAGCACGAUGGGCAUAUCAAAUCCACUUUUAUGCAAUCCAUUUUCAAUGCCAUGAAUGUAUUAAUUGGUGUGGGGAUUCUUGCAUUCCCACUUGCAUUCCGAUAUGCAGGCUGGGUGCUGGGAUCAUUCAUAUUUGCAUUCUGUGCGCUUGGUACGAACUAUACCGCCAAAUUGUUGGCACGUUGCAUUGAUGCGUCUCCUGGUGCAAUGACCUAUGGUGACAUGGGAAUGGCAGCUUUCGGUGAGCAAGGUCGAGCUUUUAUUGGUGGCGUCUUUUUCGUUGAAAUGGCUACCAUGGCCGUGGCUAUGAUCACUUUACUUGGUGAUGGACUUCAAGCAUUGUAUCCUUUAGACCACGUUACCUCUCGGCUUCUGUGCUUUUGUCUCGUGACCCCAUUUGAAUUUCUUCCGUUACGAAAGCUGUCAGCCGCAAGCCUAUUAGGAAUUAUCAGCUGUGCCAGCUUGGUGAUCAUUGUUCUCUAUGACGGCUUUUCUAAAACCGAGCAACCCGGCAGUCUUUGGAAUCCCAUGCCUACAGAGAUGCUGCCUUCGAAUUUAUACCAUGUGCCACUCAGCUUUGGACUAAUGAUGGCAGGGUUUGCCGGUCACGCCGUUUUUCCUAACCUGCUUCGUGACAUGCAAGAUCCAAAGCAAUACGAUCGUAUGGUGGAUUUAACCUAUAUCUUGACAGUGACAGUGUACGUAGUCAUGGCAAUAGCGGGUUACCUGAUGUUUGGAUCGGAAACUAUGCAAGAGAUCACACAAAACUUGGCGAUUACUGCAGGGUAUAGCAAGAUUCUUAACUCUAUUGCCUUAUGGCUCGUGGUCAUUACUCCAAUUGUCAAGUUUGCAUUGAUGAUUCAUCCGCUUCAUGUGGCUGUGGAAUUAUGGGUGGGAAGCAGGGCUUGGCUACAACAAUGGAUGGACAUGGAUUGGAAACACACCUUGUUUCAAGGCAUCAGCCGUAUUAUUGUCACUAUCAUUGCCGUUUACAUUGCCAUUGUGUUCCCUGGUUUCGAUCGAGUCAUGUCUUUGUUAGGAGCUUUAUUUAGCUUUGGGAUUUCUGUCAUAUUCCCUAUUGUGUGUUAUCAACGGCUGUACGGCGAAUCAGUGUCAUGUUUCCGGUCAUUAUGCAACUACGGCAUGUUGGUGAUAGCAAUUUGCAUGGCAGCAACAGGUACUACUUGGAGUUUUAUGCCCAAGGACUUGUAA